AGGAAUAAACACAUAUAGCUCGCUUACGUUUUCCUUAGCUGACUACUCUCAAACGCGUUCAAGCCCUCUCCAUUGCGCUCAAUCCGUUCGUACAUCUUCCUCUAUUUUAAAAAAGAAGGAAAAAAGAAACUGAGUUGUGUUUUGACAUCCUAAAGAAAUUUGCUUUAUCCUUUUCCCGUUAUCUUUUACUCCAUCUUGCUUUUGCCGUUUGUGUGUUCGCCGUUUUCUGUACUCCUGCCCUUUUUUCGCCCUUGUUGCUCUCUUUCACUUCUGUAGCGAGCGAUCACUCCGGAAUAAAACAGGUGCAUCUCUGAAAGCGCUUUUCUUUCACGUAGUUCUCCGCUCAAUUCUGGCGUGUAACGCUCUGACAGCGACACAGUUCUCUCGUCCGAAAGUUUCAGGAAACCAACAAAGUGACUUCUCAAGUCUUCCGUUGAUACGUACGGGAUCUACCGAAAACAAGAGGAGUUCCGAAAGAUCUCAGAAAGCCAAAGUUUUUUCUUUCAGUGGCUUCAAAAAGCGCAUCUCACUUCGUAAUUUAAGCGGAUAUGAGCUUCAAUACGAAGGCAUUUUCAGCAAUAAACUGAAUAAAGCUGAGUUCAUUUCAAUAACUCUUUUUAUUUUGUUUUUGUUGUUUUCUCCCCCUCUGUUCCCAGUCUCUCUGUGCGGACAAGCCAACAGAUCGUUCUUUUUUUUUGUAUUUCUCUUUUUCCGGUUUCCUUGUAAGCACCUUUCAACCUCCUUUGGGUUGCGCAAAACAUCUUAUACUUUUUUUUCUCGCGCGCUUUUUUUCUCGAUUUGGCGUUUCUGUGCCCUCUCACUUGCUGGUUUUUAUUUUUGCAUGCUUUGUCCCUCGCGUGUUGGUGUUCUAUUCGACUUUUCUUUACAUCUUAACCUCGAAUUUCUGGUGUGAUUGCUUCUGUUCUCUCCCGCUCAAAUCUGUUCUUUAGCCCCUUUUCCGUAUUAGUAGAUACAACCCUUUUUCUUUUCGUGUGUGUGUGUGUGUGUGCGUCUCCACAUCGUUGUAGGUCACCUUCACACGCUUUUCUACGGUGAUACGCGUUGGUCUGUUUUUCUCCCCUCUUUUCAAACUAGCCCCCUGUUUUUUAUUUUAUUUUGUUUACCUUUUUUAAAAAUAUUUUCGCUUUUGCUGCCUGUUUUUGAUCCACCCGCAACAUCACUAUCCCAGCCUUGCACGUGUGUUUUUGUUCUACUGCCGCGCCCCCGAAUACGCGAAAACAGAAGCUGCUGCUGUUCCAGUGGUCUAUCAGGCUGCCGUAUUCCGUUCUCUGUUUUCUUCGUUUGUGCUUUCCUGCCCCUUUUCUUUUCAUAAACAAGCAUUUUUAUUUUUAAUACAGUUUGCCAAUUUUUCCCAAAUAUUCUACUGACUCGUUUCCAAGAAGACUCUGUCUAGCCUACACAGACAACACUACCUCCCCUCGCAGACUCCCAUGUCGCAGCUUGUGUAUCUGCAGAGCAUGCCGAUGGAGCCGGUACGGUACUACGCCGCCGAGCCGUACAACCGCCCUCCGAUGCAGCCCAUGACCAUUCUCUACCCCGCCGCCUCUGCUGUUCCCGACAUGCGCUCCAUUUCAACGCCGCCGCAGCUGCAGCAGGGCCAGCAGCCGUUUACACCCAACGGGCCCUCCUAUUACAUCUGCCAGGACCGGCCAAUGGAGAUGAACAACAACGGCAAGGUGGUCUACCUCGUCCCUUCUGCCAAACCGUCCACCAACGCGGCUCCGAUGUCGAUGUUUAUUCAACCCAACACCGGCUGCUCAUCGCUCCCGAUGGAGCAGUCGCACGGAAUGCCAGACAUGUACACGGCGGCGCAGAUGUUGGCCCCACAGCAGCCGCAGAUGCGGACAACGUACGUGCCCAUGUCCAGCACGGUGGCCGUCAACAAGCUUCCGCAGUCAACGGCUGAACCCGGCGCCGAGCCGCCGCUGCUGCGCUCGCUGGAGGUGUGCCGCCACUACCUGAACGGCCGCUGCAACCGUCGCAAGUGCCGCUUUCUCCACCCCGAUCUCCACCACCCAGUGGAACCGGCGGUGAUGACGUACAUGGCCGCGGCAGAGCCGGGCACGCCCGUUCCCAGCCACACCUCGCAAUCCGCGGUGAACAUCAUCCCGUACGCGAACAGUCAGUCGUCGUCCAUGAACAGCUUCACCGUUGCUGGUGCGCCAGUCGCUUGGAAUGGUCUACGAGCGUGA